UGGUUAACCCAUCAUACCGUUCUUACAGGGCUUGUUCGUUUGGGGUUGAAUAUAUGCACGUGUAAAUGAUGUUUCCUUAGCAACAUUAAAAACAAAAUGACAACAAUACUGUAAUUCCAAAAUAAAAAUAAAAUUUGACCCCAUAGUUAUGCUGAGAUCUAGUUUGGUAUAUAUUAGAAAAAGCAGACUGGUAUCAACUGUGAGGAAUUCUGGAAAAAUGGAGGACUAUGCACCAAGUCGUUUUAAAAUGCUUGAAAAGAUUGGCGAAGGAGUGCAUGGAUACGUUUUCAAAGCGAUUGACCUCCAACGGCAAGAACCGGUUGCAAUUAAAAAGGUGGCACUGAAGAAUAAAUUUGGAAAUAUUUCACUAAACACUUUACGAGAAAUAAAAACUUUGCAGUUGUGUCAAUCGGAAUAUAUUGUAUCAAUUAUAGACAUAUACCCAGACUUGACCGGACUGUCAUUGGUACUAGAGUAUAUGCCUGAAACAUUAUACAGUAAAUUGAGAAACGAAAUAGAGCCACUCAACAGAUCACAAAUUCGUAAAUUUGCGUUAAUGAUGUUCAAGGGAAUAGAUUACCUUCACAGCAUGGGCAUAAUGCAUAGAGAUAUUAAACCCGCGAAUUUGCUAAUAAGCGAAGAUGAAAAGCUAAAAAUUGCUGAUUUCGGAUUAGCCCGGCUAUAUUUUCCGAAAGAGGAAAAUAAGUUAUACUCACCUCAAGUUUCUACGCGUUGGUACAGAGCACCGGAAAUACUAUGGGGAAGUCAAAAGUAUGGUCCAGCCGUAGAUAUGUGGGCUGCAGGGUGUGUUUUUGCUGAAAUGUUAAGAGGAGUGCCGCUAUUUUCUGGAGCAACUGAUAUUGAGCAAUUGGCCCUUGUAAUAAGAACAUUAGGCAGCCCAAGACUGAAUGAAUGGCCAGAUAUUUCUUUAUUACCAGAUUAUGAUAAAAUUAGAUUCCCAAAAGCAAGUGGCAUUCAUUGGGACAACUUAUUUCCUAGUUGUACAUAUGCUGUAGAAAUUAAUUUAGUAUCAAACUUGGUUGUUUAUAAUCCAAAGAAUCGUCUAACAGCUGCACAGGCAUUAAAUAAUGAUUAUUUUCAAUGA